GUAGGCUCCAGCAUCUAAACAGAUCUAAGGACAAGAAGCCAAAGAGCAGCCAUCCAUCUAUCCAGUGAUACAGCCAACAGGAUCUCACAGAGAAACAUGCAUCUGUCUUCCAUUCCCCUCUGUGGCCUCCUCCUCAUCUUAAACCUGCAGCUCAUCAGUACAUAUCCCGUCAGCACCGGCUUGACUGACGCUGACAUGGACAUCUUAAAGGUGAUCCUUCACAGACUUGAUGAGUCAAUCUCACAGCAGACUGAGGUGGACCAAAGACUCCCUGCAGAGAGGGGCGGUCUGGACAGCCUGAAUAUAGAGGAUGUAGAUGGACAGCAGCCCCAAACUGGACUUGAUGAGGCAGCAAUCAGGGAGUAUUUCUCAGCCAAGAACCUCAAGAACGUCCGCAAUGAUUCAUCCAGGAGAUCUUCAGGCUGCUUCGGUCGACGGAUGGAUAGGAUAGGCUCCAUGAGCUCUCUUGGGUGCAACACUGUCGGCAAAUACAAUGCAAAGUAAAGAUGAAGUCUUACCAUCUAAAUUCUGGAACUGCAACGUCUCUACCGAAAGAUAUUUUUAUUUGAGUGCUAUUUAUUUAGUAAUAUUUAUUGAGUAUUGUUUGUGGCUUAAAAACAUAUUUAUUUAAAAUGAUGUACGACUGUUCUUUAAGUACUGUUAAAAGUUUGAAUAAAUGUUUACAACUGCAAAUCA